AUGGGACAGGAAGAUCGGCCGCCGUUGUUUUGGAAGUUUAGGUCGUCCAAUGGGUUUAUCGUCUUUAGCGUCUGUUUUGCUAUUUUUGUGGACGUUUUGCUUUAUGGGUGUAUUGGUGAGGUUUUCCCGUUUACAUUGGAGAAGAGAUCUGGUGUUCCUGAGGAUCAAGUUCAAGGAUGGCUUGCGGUACUAUUGGCGGUCUAUGGAUUGGGAUUUUCGCUGGGUUCACCUGCUUUUGGAUGGCUUGCUGAUCACUACCGAAACCGCUGGUAUCCAUUGAUGGCUGGUCUGGUCUUGCUGCUUGCUGGCACAAUGAUGCUAUGGUUUGGAACUAUGGUUCAGUUCUUGUGUCUUGCCAGAUUCAUCCAGGGCCUUGCGACAGCUUGCAUUUGGAGUGUUGGAUUGGCACUGGUGAUUGAUACCGUUGGCAGCUCUAAUGCAGGAGAGAGUCUUGGGCUUCUCGCGGCUUCCAUGAGCAUUGGAUUCGUCGGAGCACCAUCAUUGUCAGGUUUCAUCUACGACCGGUUCGGAUACGAUGCUGUUUUCCUCAGCAUGGUUGUGAUGGUUGUAUUCGAUAUCGUUUUACGAAUCCUCAUCAUCGAAAAAAAAGACGCCGUCAAAUGGAUUCUUCAGGAAACCGACCCGAACGAUCCUACCAGACCGCUACUUCCUCCAAACCCCGCCGACGGCCCCAAUUUCGAUAUUCAAAUACACGCCCACCCACUGAUUACACUUAUGAGUUCUCCACGGCUCGUAACCGCUGUGUUCAUAUCAUUCGUCGAAGCUAUCAUCAUGACUAGUUUUGAAACCGUAUUACCACUCCACACGAAAGAAACAUUCGGAUACACAUCCACCCUCGCAGGACUCUGCUUCGCCCUUGUCGUAUUCGGAGACUUUUUCUCAACUUACGCAGGUCGUUUGAGUGAUCGAAUCGGUGCCAGACCGUGUGUAGUUACAGGAUUAAUAGCUAGCGGCACUGUUGUUUUCUUAUGCGGAUUCGCAACCGGUCCAUCGAUCGCUUCUCAAGUCAUGUUGUGGGUUUUGUUGCUAGGAGUCGGGUUGGCGCAUUGCCUGGUCUUCGUGCCGACUUAUACGGAGAUGAGUUUGGUGGUCGAACAGAUCGAGAGGGAGAAGCCGGGUGUUUUUGGACCGUACGGGGCUUUUGCACAGAGUUAUGGGUUGGGGAAUUUUGCGUAUGCUGCGGGGACUACGGUUGGACCGCUUUGGUCUGGAUUCAUGAGACAUCAGACUGGAUGGGGUCCUAUGAUGUUCGCUUUGGGGGUGUUUAGUAUUUUGUCUGUGAUUCCUUCGUAUAUGUUCCUCGGUGAACCGAAGGCGAAAGAGCAAGGUGACGAAGAGGGACAGUCUACGAGCAGGAUCUAA